AUGGCACGUCGGAUUGAUAUGUCGGUUCUCACCGACAAAAAUCGCUUAGUGAAAGACGAGCUUAUACCCGUCUACCGUGUUGACGAUCGGACAGUGGCAAAGCUGACCGACCCUCACCGGGUAGCUGAAGCUGAAGCGUUACGACUUGUUCGGGCAAAGACUUCCAUUCCAGUCCCUGAGGUAUACGCAGCAUACACGGAUACAAAGACCAAUCGCGGUGUAAUCCUCAUGGAAUACAUUGAAGGCCAGGUCCUCCGAGACAGCUACGCUCGAUCAACGGCACCUUCAUCGGUUCUGUUUGACGGCACGUAUUGCGAAGACCCGGUCUUCUGCGCUGAGCUUGGCGGGUUUGGUCCUUAUAAAACUGAAGCGGAAUUCAACGAAGGCCUCAUCAGAGCGAUGAACCUUUCACAAAAAAACACCUGGGUCGACCAUGCGACCAGGCUCGUCAGGGCGUUACCCAAGCAUAAGAUCGUGCUCACCCACGCCGAUUUUUCUCCCCGAAACAUACUCAUUCGCGGCGACAAGGUCGUUGCCAUCUUGGAUUGGGAAAUGGCGGGCUUUUAUCCUGCGUAUUGGGAAUAUAUCAAAGCAAUGUACCAUCCUGACUGGCAAAGCGGAUGGAUCAAAAACGGCGCAGUCGAGAAGAUACUACGACCUUACCACCUUGAGCAUGCGGUUCUGCUACACAUGCAGGAAAUCGUGUUCUGA